AAAAAAAAGAGAUAAAAAAAGUAAUUUUCUUGUUAUUAUUCUCUUCAUUAAUUUUUGUAAUAUGGAAGAAGCAACUUUUCAAAUUACUCAGUUCGUAUUAAGGCCAGACAUUGGUGAUGAAGGAAGUAACAUAAGAGUUCGAACAAACUUCUUUGAAGUUACUAAUAUGCAAGAUACGAAUAUCUCACAUUACGAUGUAACGAUAACACCUACGGUCCCUAAGCGAUUAAAUUGGAAGGUAUUUAACCGUUUUGUGGAGCAAUACCGAGAAGAAGCCCUUGGAGGUGCAAGACCGGUAUUUGAUGGAAGAACAAAUAUGUUUGUACACAGGCAAUUGCAAUUUGAAUCCGCUACUUUUGACGUGGAGUUAGAGGAAGAAGACGUGCCCGUGUCUAGAACACGUCCACCACGAAAUUUUAAAAUUAAAAUAAGACAAACUAGAAAUAUUGUCAUGAGAGAUCUAUUCCAAUUUUUACAAGCAAGAGGCAGUUUGACAAGCAAUUGUCAAAUGGCAAUAAUGGCAAUGGAUAUUAUUAUUAGUCACAAGAUUUCUACAAUAUAUCCUACUGUAAAUAGAUCAUUUUACACUCCGAGAAUUACUCAUCCCCUCUCUGGGGGUAUUGAGGUUUGUCAGGGGUAUUACCAAUCAGCGCGUCCCACGAGAGGGAGAAUGAUGAUAAACGUAGACUUAAGUGCUACUGCUUUCUAUGAAAGUGGUCCACUUGUUCAGAUAGUUGCAAACAUAUUGGAUCGUACAUAUAAUGAACUGUAUGGAGGUAUUUCAGAAAAUGACCGUCAAAAACUUGAGUGGAUUAUGGAAGGUCUUAGAAUAAGAGAUAAUCAUAGAUCGGGAAAUAGACGAAAAUUUAAGGUUGAGGGAUUGACUCAAACUCCAGCUUCUCGCACUAUGUUUGAUAGAGGUGAUGGUAGUAUCAUCGAUGUGAGAACUUAUUUUCAAAAUGCUUACAAUAGACCUUUAGUAUAUCCAUUACUUCCUUGUGUUAUCGUAAGGAGAAACGUUUAUCUUCCGAUAGAAGUCUGUGAUGUAAUUCCGGAACAACGCUAUAUGCGGAAAUUGAAUGAUGAGCAGAUAGCUAAUAUGAUGAAUUUUACUCGUCAAAAUCCGACCAUUCGGGCAAAUAAAAUUCAGGAAGGUCUCAAUAUAUUAAAUUACCGAAGAAAUGAAUACCUUCAACAAUUCGGGAUGAGUAUAUCAACUGAUAUGACUGUGGUGAACGCUAGGAUUCUCCCCACUCCAACCAUUGAGUAUCACCCGACAUCAAGGGAGUAUCGUAUCCAGCCGAAAGAUGGAGUAUGGAAUUUACGAGAUAAAAAAGUAGCAACUGGUGCCACCCUCGGUUCAUGGUCAGUUUUGGCUUUUGAAAAUGAUACCAGAUUACCUGAUCAUGUUAUUUACACAUUCGUAAGAGAAUUGGUUAGUACGUGUCAAGAUACGGGAAUGAAUAUUCCAAAUAGGAAUCCUCCCAUAUUACGCGCAAAUAUUCAAGGAACUACUGAGGAAUCGUUAAAACUAGCCUGGCUGAGGGCUGGUAAUACGGCGAAAGCUCAACCACAGCUUAUUCUUUGUGUUCUCCCGAACAGGGGACUGCAAUUAUAUGCCGAAAUUAAGCGUGUUAGCGACACAGUUAUUGGUGUCGCAACACAGUGUAUCCAAAGCAUACACAUGAGAAACCCGAAAAAACAAUAUUGUGCGAGUGUUUGUUUAAAGUUGAACGUUAAACUUGGAGGAAUGAAUUCAUUUCUCAUUCCCGAACAUAUUCAUUUUGUAACAGAAAGGCCCACUAUUUUGAUAGGCGCAGACGUAUCUCAUCCUGCACCUGGCGAUAACCAAAGUCCAUCUUUUGCUGCUCUUUGUGCUUCAAUGGACGCUAAGGCAUCGCGAUAUGCAGCGUCAAUUAGAGUUCAAGCCAGGCGUUACGAAAUAAUUGCAGAUUUAGCAAAUAUGGUUAAAGAAUUGUUAAAAAUAUUUUAUCAGACUUGUGGAAGAAAGCCUGAAAGAAUUUUAUUUUACCGAGAUGGCGUUUCGGAGGGCCAGUUUAACAGUGUGCUACAAAUUGAAAUAAACGCUGUUAGAGCCGCGUGUCAAGCUCUUGAAGCUAGGUAUAGACCUACUAUCACAUUUGUUGUGGUGCAGAAGAGACAUCAUGCACGAUUUUUUCCGAUGGAAAGGCAAUAUACCGAUAGAACCGGAAAUUGUUUUCCUGGUACCGUUGUCGAUGUUGGCAUUACACAUCCAUUUGAAUUUGACUUUUAUUUACUAAGUCAUCCUGGACUACUGGGAACGUCCCGACCAACGCAUUAUCACGUUUUAUUUGACGAAAACGGAUUUAACGCAAAUUCGUUACAAACAUUAUCUUAUAACCUCUGUUAUAUAUAUGUGCGUUGUACGCGUGCGGUAUCUUUGGUACCUCCGGUAUAUUACGCUCACAUAGUUUCUAAUAGGGCAAAAUUCCACUUAAACAGCGAGUCGGGUGACGAUGUCACAUUCGGGGUGGUAAAGCAAGAACUACAAAGGGUCAUGUACUUCGCUUAGCAACUUCAUUUAUGUGAAACAAAGUUAUCAGGAACGAUAAUAAAGAAAAAUUAUAAUAAAAAUCUUUAUCAAAAAAUACGUUCUAUAUUUAGUACCAAAUUGUUUUUUUAAUUUUACCUAUUGAUUUAUUCGGUUUAAAAUGAUACUUUAUAUUAUUUAAAAGGUAUUUUUUUUUUUAUUUGAUAAAAAUUUAUGCUGAUAAAUUAUAUAUUGUAUUAUCAGAUUAUUUCCUAUUUCCUUUGCGUAUGUAGUAGUAUUUUACUCGUGUUGAAUGAUAGUUUAUUAAUAUUAAUAUCGUUUGUAUGUAAGCACGAAUUAAAUAAAACAUAAUGAUUCGCUUUCUUUACCCGAACAUCAAACAAAAA